AGGUUUAUCUUUCGUCAAAAAUCUAUAUGAUAGUUCAUUCAUAAGUGGAACUACUUAUCUUACAAGUGAAUCUAUUAUUGGUUAAUUUAACGGGGAAUAUUGUACUAGAAGUUGUCCUACUACUAAUAAGUAUGUAAGGCACAUAUUUUCCUGGAAACCUUGAUUAUUAUCUACAGUCACGGACUGCUUACGUCUUUAGAGAUAGUUCGCCAUUUUGCCAAGAAAAAGUGUUGCUUUCUGACAAAUCGAGUGGAUGAAAUCGAAAGUAAUCAAUUGUCAUGUAACUAGGAACAUGGUAGGAAGAGAAACGUGAUGUUUGAAGUUGAAGAUCAGAAGCUGAAAUGUGUUUGGCAUUUAAUUUGGCUUUAUGUAGUGAUAGGAUUUGUUGCUCAAAUAAAUGCUCAAGGUGAACAAUGCACAACGAGUGAUGGAAGACCAGGAUUGUGUGUGGUACUGAAAUUUUGUCGAGAAGCAAUUGCUAGUUUUCCACAUCAAUUACCAACUGUAUGCUACCAGAAAGGAUCUAUUCCAUUUGCAUGCUGUGCUUUUCCUGACAUUCAAGAAAAUGAUCAAACGCUCAUUUAUAGCUCAACUACUCACGGCAGACCUGGCUCAGAUAGUAGAUAUUUGCCAGUACCUGAAGCCAGACCUGUUAGACCUUCGACUGUAACUAGUGAUUACAGAACAUCUAGAACGAAUACACGCUUCAGAACUACAGAAACACCCACCAGGAAUAGAGAUCAAACUGAAGAUAAUGAUAGAUUUAAACCUUCUACAACUUUUCGAGUGACAGAAGAACCUUUUAUCGAAUCCUCCAGGAGUAGUAAUCGUUACCCAAUUAGGCAGAGUGAUGCAAGUACAGACUCGUAUUCAACCACAGUGUUUCAACAAACUAGGACAGAUUAUAAUAAUAAACCAACUAGAACGACUCGAUAUCGUGACGAUGCUUCAACGACAGUAAGCAGACAAACUCCGAGGCAAAGCAGAGUGGACAAGAGUUAUAGAACUGAACAAUCGGAGUAUACAAGGAGUAGUAAGAAUACAGAAGAUUAUUUCUCCGGAAACAAGCGAGAACAAAGUCAGAACACAAGAAACAUUCAAAAUAUACGGCCUUCUCGAACGAUUCGUGAUGAUGAUUAUAAUAUAAACUUUACACCAACUACGUCCACUAGGAAUUACCCAACUGUAGAAACUCACGUUGUAACUAGAGAAAUCACUACUAAGUAUUACGCGACGAAACCAAGAACAACACAGAAUGAUUUUGCAAAUACUAAUUUAAGGCCUUCGAGGACUACAAUAGUUGAUCAUCCAAUAGUGGAACCAUCUGUUGAAAUCUACAAGACUUUCAUAACGAAUUUUACAGUAAGAAAUUCUGAUUCAAACACGCGAUUAAAUCAGCCAUCCAGAGUAGUUCCUCACGUAGAAAUAUCCAAAACGGAAAUCAGAUACUUUAAUACGCCCACCAGAACUCAAAUUUCAGAACCUCAAAUAACAGAACAAGAAUGUGGAGAACCAGUUUUAAAUAUGUUUAUUUCGGGAGGAUAUGAAUCCAGACCGGGGGAUCGACCUUGGAUGGUAGCCAUCUACAGGAGAUCACUUCCAGGACGUCCAAAUAAAUUUAUAUGUGGUGGAGUUCUUUUAAAUCGUCGUCACAUAUUGAGUGCAGCUCAUUGUUUCGUUUGGGGUAACACAACCUUAUCCAGUAAUCAUUUUUUGGCCCGUUUGGGAGCUCACGAUAGAGAAAAGAUGGGCAAGGAUUACGAGGUGACUUCGGUGAUAUUACACGAGAAAUACGUCUCACGUUACCACAGUUAUGACGUGGCAAUACUUAUCACUCAAUCGGACGUGCCAUAUAGUAAGAUGGUUCAACCAGUUUGUCUUCCAGGGCCUGAAAUUGCCCGCGAAAAUCUAGUUGGAAAGGAAGCAACAGUCGUUGGUUGGGGAGAUUCAGAAUUCGGUUCUGGUUUUUCUCAGGUAUUGCACGAAGUGGCAAUACCAAUUGUAUCGAGUAGAGACUGUUACACUGCAUACGAAAGGUUACGCUCGUCGACCUUCCCACGUGGAGAUAUGGAACAAUACAUAUGUGCUGGACUUCCUGAUGGAGGUAAAGAUGCCUGCCAGGGGGAUUCCGGAGGACCUCUACUUAUCAAGCAAAACAAUGGAAGAUGGACUGUUAUAGGAGUGGUUUCUUUUGGAUUUCGAUGUGCUGAGCCUGGAUUUCCAGGUGUUUAUUCUAGAGUUACUUAUCAUCUCUCGUGGAUUAAGAGGAUAAUUGGCCAAAAUUAGUCUGCAAGUCAGACUACACGCUCAAGAAAUCUUGUAAUUUUUUUAAACAGUUGUGUAUUAAAAAUAACUGAUUUAUUUAUUUUUGAA